ACGUGCGGCCACUAUAUUAAGCGCAGCUUUGUUGCUGUGGCAUUUUUUAUUUCCUCCUGGCAACAUUUAAUUUUACCACGCCACAGCUGAUCGCGUCUACAAACAAAAAAUCGAGUUUUGCUUAGGAAAAAGUUUUCACAUUUGUAUUAAAUCUCAUUAUUUAGAUACUCAUGGAUUCUUUGAACAUAAAACUAAAAAAAUUUAACUAAUAAAGUGAUAAACAAUAUCGUGUAAUACUUUUAUUAGAUAAAACGUAACAGCUUAUAAAGUUCAACUCGUGAAUUUGUAAAAAAGACAAUGGAAGCAAGGGAUGCUUCGGGUUCAGCUAACGAAUCAGAUGCGGCAACGGACGCGCCGGUUCAUAUGGAAACAGAUGAACGUACAGAGAGGCCUGUCACACCUACAGUUAGCAUGAAAAGUGCCGCAACAAAUCUGAAUUCUGAAGGUAAUAAAGAAGAUAUUACCAGCGCAGAUACCCACACUGCACAUGCUGAUGAAGCGAACAACAAUGGUAACGGGAUUGAUAAUGUGAGUAGCCAAUCCGGCGAGCAUCAUGUUUCUUCUAGCACCGAUAUGCCACCGCCAGCAUCAACGGGUAACGUGUCAGCUGGAGAAAAUGAAGCACCCUUAGUUACACCUACUGGACCACCUAUAGAUGAAGAGGAUGCCAAAUGGCAUACCGUGGGCAUUUAUACUGGACUUAAUGCUACAGUAUCUUCGUAUAUUGAUAAUAGCAUUUGGUCGUCUUCGGGCUUGAAACUGACCUCUAGAAACUUACCGGAUCUAUCAGCAAUCCCACGUACAAAUCUGGAGCCUGGCACAGCUUACCGUUUUCGUUUGCGCGCUAUCAAUACUUGUGGCGCUAGUGACUGGAGUGAGAUUUCAAGUUUUAAAACUUGCCUACCAGGUUUCCCUGGUGCACCGUCAGCUAUUAAAAUAUCGAAAUCAUCCGAAGGUGCUCACCUCACAUGGGAGCCACCACCGAGCUGUGUAACAUCUAACGAAAUUGUCGAAUAUUCUGUAUAUUUGGCGGUUAAGCCGGGCAAAGACAAAGAUGGCAAACCAAUUGGUGCUGGCGCACGUCUCCCUGCGCAACUGGCAUUUGUGCGUGUCUAUGUUGGUGCAGCCAAUCAAUGUACUGUGGCGCACUCAUCAUUAGCUACAGCACACGUAGAUUGUUCAAACAAACCAGCUAUUAUAUUUCGUAUAGCGGCGCGUAAUGACAAGGGCUAUGGCCCAGCGACACAAGUUAGGUGGUUGCAGGAUCCCGUGCAGAGUGGUGCAUCCCCUGGUACGGGUUUAGCUGGCGCAGCAGGCAACGUGCAGUCACCAACACGCAUUAAACCAGAAUUGGGUAGUGCAUCGCCAAAUAAACGUUUCAAGAGUAGCAGCGGCUCUGGAGGACGCACAAUACUACCCUAAGUUGGUAUGCAGUGUGUGUAAUGGACUUAAUAUUGAGAGGAGUAUUGAAUUUUUUUUAUGCUAAUACAUUAAUAUUUAGUUUAUAAGUAAUAAUUUCACAAACAGUAGAAAACAAAAAUUUGUUUUAAAUCACCAACAAAUGAAAUAAUUUUGAAUAUUUAGAUACAAACAGUCGAGUGAAUAAAUUUAAAUUAAUUAGGAUCACCUAGUAAGGUUUGAAGUUCAGAUCGCCUUUACAUUGUACUUCUCGAGAUUAUCUGUAAGAAAAAAGUUUCCGCAUGUAAUUUAUGUCUAUGUACAUAAGCAGUAAAAUAAUAAAGUUACAAAAUUGACCUAUAAAAA